AUGGUCAUGAUCCGCUUGGCUUUGCUUGCUCUCUUUGCAAAAAGUGCGGAAGGCUCAGGCGGAAACUGCAGCAGUCAAGCUGCUACUCGUACUUGUGUGCCAGACGAGGGAGGCUUCAUUCAAAGGCAGGGGCAGAGUAUAACACUUGGCACGAACGGAUCUUCAAGGGGCGAGGGUGACAAGUGCAAGAAGGGGAACAACAGUCAGUGCGAAGUCGGAUCUGUCUGUGGCAGAUACAACCAAAACAGCAACAGUUUCAUGUGCUGCGCCAACAAUGAAGUACAUGGAGGUGUCGCUUGGUGCGCCAAUCGUGAGGGCGAACGGUGCAGUGAUGGAAUCAACGAGAACUGUGCACAUGGAGCUAUCUGUGGCAGAUACAAUGAUAACACGAACGACUACCAGUGCUGCGCCAACUACGAAAUCCACGGAGGUGUCACUUGGUGUGCCGUCGCUGAGGGUGGAGCGUGCAGUGAUGGAGUUAACGAGAAUUGCGUGCAAGGCACUGUGUGUGGCCAAUCUGGAGCAUUGGUAACUCGAGGUUACCAAUGCUGUUCAAACUGGAUUCCGAUCAAUGGGAUUGCUGUCUGUGUCCUCCAGGGCAGCAUUGCUGUGGAUGGAAGUGCACUUUUUCGGCAAUCGCCGUUUCUGAUGACACAUGAUUCGGCCACAGGCUAUGCCGGUGGGGGACUGAAUGCACCAAACAUGAUCAGGACGCAAGGUGUCGAUUUUGUAGGCCAGCUUGCAUGUGGAGCCCGAGCUUUCGAUAUGCGAACCAUGAAGAAAGGAGACACCUUCGAAGAUGUUAGCUUUCAUCACGGUAGCUUCAGUGGUGGCAGGAUGACAUACGGCUGGAUUUCUGACCAAACCGUACGGGAAACUAUUCCCCAAAUCAUCAAUUGGUGUCAGCAGCAUCCAAAUGAGUUGGUUGUGAUUCUCUUGAGCCACUGCUACGAAACACCAAAAGCAACAACCGGGAUUGAGACAAUGAAACCUGCAACAGAAAUAAGCUGCACUAGCGAUGAAAUGCUGCAGGUCUUCACAGAACUAGGUGUUCCAGUGGAGUCGGAUUGCUCAACGCUUGACUCUAUGACAUUGGACGAAGCCAAAUCGCAUGCAACCAUGGACACCGGUGGUCGGCUGCUCCUCAUUCCUGGGGAAGGCUAUUGCGUAGAGUCAAAUUACGAUCCAGGAGUCACUGGUCAGUCUCAACUGGCUGACUAUUCUGACAGGACAAUGGCGGCGAUGCGCGAAGGUAGCAAGCCCUUUCAAGCCCAGGAGUUCCUUCAGCAAUCAAUGGAGACAGACGGUACCUUCGGUAACGUGCCAUUGAGUGCUGACCUCAAUGCACAAGUCUUGGCAUGGAUUAUCAGCACCAACAUGUUUCAAGGAGUGAACUUUUUGGAGAUGAACCUGAUUUGUGCCUAUGGCAACAGCAUUUCACAAACACUGGGAGCCCAAGUGACAAUGGCAGACCAGCAACAGUGUGCAGCUGCUUGCUCCGUGAAGUCUUGCCCUGACGAGGGGGCUUGUGGAGGUGGGACUCCAGAGGGCCACAAAUGCAAAAAGGGUGACGACAGCGUUUGCCUACAGGGUGCCUGUGCAAGGUACAACGACCAGAAGAACGACUACCAGUGCUGCGCCAGCUACGAAAUCCACGGAGGUGUCAGUUGGUGUGCCGUCCCUUACGGUGGAGCGUGCAAUGAUGGAGUCAACGAGAACUGUGCAACAGGAGCUGUCUGUGGCAGAUACAAUGAUAACAAGAACGACUACCAGUGCUGCGCCAACUACGAAAUCCACGGAGGUGUCACUUGGUGUGCCGUCGCUGAGGGUGGAGCGUGCAGUGAUGGAGUUAACGAGAAUUGCGUGCAAGGCACUGUGUGUGGCCAGAAAGGUGGUAAUCCAAAAAAUGGCUACGAAUGCUGCUCUAACUUCACAGUUAUCGAUGGCACAGCUGUUUGCAUGAAGGCCCAAACUGGAAAUGUGCCACCGUACAACCCUGUAUUCUUUAUGCACGGAAUCCAAGACUAUGGAGCGUCAGGCAACGGCCUUGGGGACAAGAUCACGGAGGAACACCCCGGCACAAAGUUCAUCACCAUCGACCUGUUCGAGGGAGCAGCGUCUUAUUUGACAAAGAUGUUAGACCAGCUAGGAGGCGUGAGGGACUUCAUCAGGAAGGAAAUUGCUUACGAUCCAGAAGCAUUCACAAAUGGUUUCAACCUCUUGUGUCACAGCCAAGGGGGCCUUUUGUGCCGGGGAGUUAUCAACACUUGGGAUCCAGCCCAGCAUGGCUUAGGAUAUGUUGAGCCUAAAGUAUUCAUCAGUAUGGCUGGACCUCAGAUGGGUGUCGUCGGCUACGGCACCAUCCAGGACAGCUUGCCUCAAUGGGUCGUACACAAGAUGGCCAGCGGCGCAAUGUACACAAAACAGAUGCAGCGCAUCUCGUUUGGCGGUUAUUGGAAAGACGUAGCAGCAUUUAAGAAUUAUCAAGAAAGCAGUACAUAUUUGGCUCCCAUGAACAACGAGGCGCCCAUUGAGCGCUGCUACAGGAGAGUCACAUGCCAUCCAGGCGGAUGCUACUAUCAAGGACUUCAAGGAUGUGUUUGGCCAAGUGACAUGUCAUGGGACAGGAAUCCCCAGUUCAAGGCCGCAUUCAACCGGCUUGAGAAGGCAGUGUUUUUUGGAUCUCCAGAUGACGGAGCUAUCGUGCCGUGGCAAUCUACUGUGUGGGGAUACUACGACGUCGAGUCCCCGGAAGAAGUCGUCUCUUUCAACAAGACAGAUGUUGGCAAGCGAGACCUUGUCCCUCUCAACGAAAUGCUGGCCGAUGGAAGGGCAGAGCUCCAAGUUGUGAGCGGCAUUGCCCACACAGAUUGGUUGAAACCGGAGAAUGUGGCCCUCUACAUCAAGUAUUUGAAGUGA